GGGUUAACAGAAAGAGGUUGACUUGUUUACAACGAAAACUCCCACAUGCUAUUUUGUCUCUCCGAAGAUUGACUGUUAUAAUUAUAAUAAUUAGCGAUUAACCCGUAAGGUUUCGAUCACAUAGUUGUUUGACACUUACGAAACGCAUGGCAUACUGCCCAUUUAAUUAGAAAAAGUAUCAGUCAAGGCUAUUUGUCCCCGGUUAAUUGAACUUUCAUUUCAUGUUUCGGACUUUGGGUAAAUUUUUUCUUCGACUUAGAUCUAGAUCUAGAUCUAGAUCUAGUAGACUGAGAGUGAGAGAUCGCUCUCCUCAGUACAGUGGAAAGGCCCAUCACUUCUUUCGUCAAUUCACUGGUCACCGUAGAUUAUUGCAGGGUAACAAUAUUUAUUGUAAAAUUAAAAACAGCACGUUCCAAUCUAGAGUGUUGUAUUCCUCUAGUCUUGGAUGGAGUAUGUUGGAUCCAGACAGUACGAGUGUCCCUUUCUUCAGAGAGAUCUGCACAACAACGGUAGAUCUAACAGAGCAAAAGGAGAAGGGCAAGAAACCAGCAGAUGACUCUGCAAGCCCUCUGACUUUCGUUUCACGCCCUAACCCAAUGACUGGGAAAAUGGACUGGGUUCUCCAAGAGGAAAACUAUGACUUCACUCAAGAAAUUGCAAGGUCUGGAUAUGGAGAUAUGCUGCAUGACACAGACAGAAAUGUAAAGUAUUACCAAGCUAUUCGCAAAACUGUGGCAAUGAUGAAGUCGAAAAAUAUUCCAGUGAAUGUUUUGGACAUUGGGACGGGCACAGGGCUCCUAUCUAUGAUGGCUGCUCGUUCAGGGGCGGACUCCGUGACUGCUUGUGAGGCAUUUCCCCCAAUGGCUGAGUGUGCCAGGAAAGUACUGAGGACAAACAAGCUGGAGGACAAGAUCAAACUGGUGCCUAAACGCUCCACGGAAGUUUUGUUUGGAGAGGACUUACCUCAGCGAGCCAAUCUGCUAGUGACUGAACUAUUUGACACAGAACUUAUUGGGGAAGGAGCCAUUUGGUCGUACAAAGACGCGCUUACUCGGCUGAUGGAGGAGGAAUGUUUGGCCAUUCCGGCCCGAGCCCGUAUCUACAUUCAGGCGGUGCAGUGCCCUCUACUGAGGCGCUCCAAUGAACUACGAUCUCUGACCUUACCAAACGGAAAGACGAUUCAUAUGCCUGACAGUUUCUCCUGCUGUAGUGGGGCGCCCUCACUACACGACUUGCAGGUGGAUGAACUGGAGGAGGAGAUCACUCUUGUCUCAGAGCCUGUGGAAGUGUUUAGCUUUGACUUCAGCAAGAAGGAAUCCCUCCACAAGGAGGAAAGUUGCGACGUGUUGCUGCACGCGCUGCGCUCGGCCAGCGUGGACGCGUUUGUCAUGUGGUGGGAUCUGGACAUGGACGCAGACGGGGAGAUUGUCCUCAGCUGUGCUCCCCGCUGGAACCAGCCUCAGGGAGAAGCCGUGCCAUGGAGAGAUCACUGGAUGCAGGCCGUGUACUACCCCUCCUCCCCCCUGCCGGUUGCCGAGGGCGACACAUUCCCCGUCUAUGCCAGACACGACGAGUACAGUCUGUGGUUCGACACUGUCACAAUAGACCGACUUCGGCCGGUCUGUACGUGUGGCCUUCACAUUGCGUUCAGUCGGGGCCGUCUGGCACAGCUUAGCGAGGACCACAGGAACAGCGUGUUGAUGAAAGCGCUGCAAAAACAUGUGAACAGCUCCACAGUUUGUCUGGUCAUUUCUGACGGGUCUUUGCUGCCAGUCAUGGCUGCUGCUGUCGGAGCUAAGCAGGUCUUCUACCUGGACACUAACUCAAGCUGUCGGCGGAUCAUCAAACAAAUCUUAGAGAGCAACAACCUUGGUGACCGCGUCACGGUCCUGGAGAAAGAGGUGGGGGAUCUGACCAGUGCUGACUUGAACCAUCAAAAGAUAGAUGUUGUGGUAGCCGAGCCGUUCUUCCAAGCGUCCUCCCUCCCCUGGGAACAUCUGUACUUCUGGUAUGCUGCAUCCACCAUCAGGCCCUUCCUCUCGCCCGACGCAGUCAUCCUCCCUCGGGCCAUGGAGGUUAAGGCCAUGGCUGUGAGGUUCCGAGACCUGCACAAGAUCAGGAUUCCCGUGGGGAACUGUGAGGGAUUUGACAUCACUGAGUUUGAUAAACUUAUAGAGGUAUCAUCUGACUGUGCAGACCCAGAGAUCGAACCCCAGCCCCUGUGGGAGUACCCGGCCGUGUCUGCCUCUGAACCACAGCUCCUUAUCUCCCUGGACUUGACCCGUCAGGUCGACCAACUCUCACCGCUCGGACAGUCGGUGGAUGUACAGCUCACCAAAGAUGAGACUGUAAACGGCGUGGCUUUCUGGACAGAGUUUGACUUUGGUGACAACCUCCGCACCAGCUCGGGGCUCUCCUCAGACGACACAUGUACAGGGACCAACUGGCACGGCCAGAAAAUCAGAUGGGACAAGUUCUCCAAACAAGGCGUGCAGUUGUUCCGACAGGAAAUCUCCUCCACGGAGACUCCGGCACUUGUGAUCACGUCCAGCUUCAACCCUCACACUGGAGACCUGGACAUCACACUGGGAAAAAGCUCUACUUCCUCGUGACCAUUUGUCUAAAUACAGUAACAGGGAGGUCAGAUAGACUGAGACAAAGGCUUAGCCCCAGGUCUAAAGAGUUGGCUGUGAAGAAGUGGCCAAUAAACACAUCGCAUCUUUCUACACAA